UACUUCUCAAGAUACAUUAUUGCAGAUGACGGAAAAGCCGUCACAACUAGUGCCAUUCUUGGAGAUGAUAAAAUGGUGUAUACGAAAAAGGAGCCAUGCGCAUUAAGACUAUGAAGUCAAGUCGGACUUUUGCAGAGUCCCCGCAUAUUUUUAUGGCUCCAGGUUCUUUCUGAGCCUUUUUUUCUUCAUUCAACAGAGGUGUUUAAGUCUGAUUCUGGUAACUUCAUACAUCGGAUUUACGAACGGAAGGAUGUAGGCUGGAAAAAUGAAGGGCUUAAAGGAUGAGAAAGAAACCAGAGGCAUUAACUGCUUGCCUGUUAUCCGCUCUCAACUUCCGGAGUCAACACGUCUGCUCAAGAAGUGACUCCGGUGCUCUUUUCGGUUUUCGUUUUGGAUAUUAUUGAACCAUGUCUACUAGGGCAUUAAGAAAACUUCAAGGGGGGUCAGAUAUUGUGGUUCCAGAGAUAAGUGACGAUGACAGUGGAAAUGAAGAAAUAAAACUGACGGCUAGUACUACGAAGAAAAAGAAGAAGAACAAGCCAGAUGCCCCUGCAAAUCCAUUUGAUAUAUUAAAUGCAGAUGAUGAUGAUGUGGAUGAUGAAAAUAAUGAAGACAAGGAAGGAGAUGCUGUGGAAGCAAGCGAUGCCCACUUACCAGUACUAGACAAAGACACCAAGGUCUCCAUCCAGGAACAGACAAAGAAAAAAAAGAAGAAAAAAAAGAAAAAGAAGCAGCACGAUCCAGAUGAUAAUAAACAUAAGGAGGAGGUGACAGAUGAAGUAGAGGCCAGUGUCAGAGAAGUAAAUGAAAUCUUGGGAGAGUUGCCAGUUUCACAGCCUGGUGGUGACAACAGCCAUGUUCACAUGGACACAAGGGCCUUACUCACUGUUGAACACAGAAAUUUGAAUUCUGAGAAUGAAAUGAGGAGAAUAUUUGGUUCUAGAGUGGUUCAAACAGAACAGAGGAGACGUGGAGGGCGUGGCCAGAGAAGUUACCAGAGGUCUACUUGGCUUGCUCAACCCAGGGAGAACUGGCCCCCCAUUGGCAAGAUAGGUCUUUCUAUGAGGCUGAUAGAAACUAAAAAUGGUUGCCAAUACUUUACUUUUGAUCACUCCAAAGAGUACCAGAGAAUUCAGUUUCAAUUCCUAGAAGCUGUAGAAUCCUUUAACCCAGAAAAUAUUGUGAGCGUGCUCAAUCUUCAGCCCUACCACAUAGACUCUCUACUACAACUCAGUGAUGUGUGUAAGAUGAGUGAAGAUAUGCAAAUGGCAGCAGAAUUAUUGGAGAGAGCCCUUCUGUGUUGUGAGGUCAACUUCCACCCUUUGUUCAGUUUAACCCAGGGUAACUGCAGGUUAGACUACAGGCGGAAUGAAAACAGGGGGUUUUACCUGGCUCUGUUCAGACAUUUACACUUUGUUGGAAAGAGGGGAUGUUAUAGAACAGCCUUGGAAUUUUGUAAAUUGUUACUAAGUCUAGAUCCCGAAGGUGAUCCAUUGUGUGCAUUGUUAAUGAUUGACUUCUAUGCCCUAAGAGCAGAGCAGUUUACCUUGCUCAUCAGAAUGUACCAGGAAUGGGAAGCUCACAGGAAUCUGUCUCAGUUGCCAAACUUUGCCUUCUCCAUACCCUUGGCCAUGUUUCACAAUGCCAACCAAGAAGGAAAAGAUACAGAGGAGGCUGAUCAAAUGCUUCAAGACUCCCUCCUGAUGUUUCCUGGCCUGUUGAUUCCUCUCCUUGACAAGUGCAGUAUAAACCCUGAUGCUGAGGUGGCGGCCCAUCACUUCUUUGGGACCAGCUGUCAGUUAAGCCAGCCAGAAGGUCUCAAGCAACUAAUAGCCCUGUACAUAGGCAGGUGUCACCCAUGCUGGAAGGACCCAGACGUGGUCAGGUGGUUAGAAAAAAAUGUUAAGGAGGUGAUCAAGAGAGUGGACGAUGGUGAUCCUCUGGCUGAAGAAUACAGGAAGAAAAGGCAAGGAAGAUAUCGCGGGACUCCCAGAAACAUAUUCCGCCAUAUUCUAAUCUCAGAAAUAAAGGAUGCAACAGCUGCACUGCCACCUCAUUUGGCAAACACCCCUGUGAUGAGCUAUGACCCUCUUCCUCCAGAGGACUCUAUUUCUUCAUAUGAAAGACCACCAGCAAGACAAACAAGGGCUCAACAAGAAAGUAAUCCACUGACAGCUUUCUUCAGGUCCAUGUUGCCCAACUUUAACCCACAAGAAGUCCCAGAUGUCCCAGACGGUGCUGUAGGUGGGGCUGCUGCUCCAACUGACAUGCAGGCAGGCAUUGGCGCACUGAUGGAGGCCAUGAGGGAUCUCUUGAACAAUAUCAGACCAGUAGAUGCUCCCAGAGAGGACGGGCAAGGAGGCGAUGAAUUUGAUGACCAAGACAACAAUCCCGAGUGGGACUGACGAAGCUAAAACUCGUCAUAUGUUGUAUGAUGUGUACAGUUGGUGCCAUGGUCACAUCUGAUCAGACACAUACUGUCGGGAGCUGUUUGACAGAUUUGGCAAGGACUGGUCAAAAUUUUAGUCGAUUAAGUUGCGUUUCAGAAAGAAUCUAAAAAGCUGCUUAUACUAGUGCCUCUUUUUUCAAUCACUUUUCACUUUGUAAGUUUGGUCCUAAAUUGCAAUUGUUUUGAUACCUAUUGUCCUCAGUGGUGAUAGAAUUUUAUUUUGUUUCAUUAAAUGCCGUACAUUUGUUGUUCACCAAUUAUUUUUAAAAAACACUCUCAGACCAUCAUUGCAAAGUCAACUUUAAACAUCCAGCUAUUCAGGUUUAGCAGCUUAAGCUAAGUCCCAAAUCUGUGGCUAAAGGUCUAAAAGUUUAAACAACUUUUACAUGUGACAUUAUUAGCCUCAUUGGCCAACAAGGAGGAAUGUGGUCACCAAUUAUACAGUGGAACUACUACAGGAACUGUACAAUGGCAUUUUUAUUAUACAAUCAUGUAAUUGGUGAGGUGGAAUUAUUCUGCAGUUUUCUGGUGAACUUCAACUGCAUCUGAAAGAAAACAAGUAAAAUGGCUUGUCUAAAGUGACAGAAGAGACCCAACAGUUUUGCUCAAUCAAACAAUUAGAGAAGUCUGGAAGGGUAAAAUACAGUGUAAACUGCAUACUUCCAAGUUCACUUAGAAGUAUGGACCAAGUAUGUUGGUGGAACAGCAAGUUAAUCCUAUUGGACAACACAUGACCAGUCUCUGACCAAUGAGGUGACAGCUGAGAGAGGGUUAUUCAACAAAAUUAAGACAACAGUUCAGCAUGGUGUUGAGCAUAUGAGCUAAUAAAUUUUUUCUAGUAUAUUCAUCUCUUAAAGAUGGUGGAUUGAUUUGCAUAAAAGUAAUUCGACCAGAAAUGUUUUGUUAACUAAUAAUAUCACUGUUAACUGUGAUAGUGCAAUAUGAUCAUAAAUUAUGAUCUAGAAAAUAAAUUGGUCUUUUUUCCAUA